AUGGCGCGUGCUGAGGCGUCCGAAGACCUUGGCGCGGCAUACACACAGUAUGUCUGGGCAAAUGAGCCGGAAAAUGCACUCGUAUGCUGUGUGCGCCAUGUGCAAGAGCUAGUGCGUGCAUAUCCACGAUUCACGAUGGAGCGCGAUUUGCACAUGUAUUUCCAUGGUCGAUGGCCCUGUGUAUAUGUGGAUCUCGUCGCUACGGUUGUUGGUGCGCUACAACGCGAUGCAUACGUCGAGUACAUCAUAGACGAUGGGUCUGGCAUUAUCCAUGUUCAAUGUCGCGGACAUGUGUCAAUGAAAAUGCUUGACUCCGUUCAUGCAGGCAUUGACUCGUGUUACGUACGCCCCAUGCCGACACUGUACCACAAUGUGGUCCUGUUUGAUGUUGGCGACACUGUGCGAGUUCGUGCGCGAGUUUCGGAGCGCGCAGCCGGCGUUCAGAUUUUGCAAGCUGUUGUGUUUGGUACGUGCUCAUGCAACGCUUGGUCCAUUUACAGACAGGUCAGGCAGAGGAUGUAA